AGUGCAGACACAGAUGGAUGGCAGAAACCACUUCGAUUCUACUGCGAUGACGAUACGACCAACAUUAUUCCAAUUUCCUUCUUGACUACAUUCUUCUCUGUCGGAGGGUAUCCAAGUAUCAAUCUUGCCAAUAUUUGUCAUGAUUCUGGUGACUCUGUAUUUCCGGGUACAGAUCUGAUGAAGUGUGAUGGAGUCAAACAAGAUAUCAAGUAUUGUCAGGAACGUGGAAAGGCCAUUACUCUUUCGUUGGGUGGGGCGACAGGCUCGGUUGGCUUUUCAUCAGAGUCCCAGGCAAUUGAAUUUGCAGACAAUAUUUGGAAUCUUUUCUUGGGUGGAACAUCCGACACCCGACCAUUCGGUGAUGCGGUUUUGGAUGGCAUUGAUCUUGACAUUGAAGGCGGAAGUCCAACUUACUACCCUGUUUUCUUGACCAAAUUGCUUGAGAAAUACAAGUCUUCGACCAAAAAGUAUUAUCUGACAGCUGCUCCCCAAUGUGUUUUUCCUGAUGCAAACCUUCAGGCAGCCAUGGAUGUGAUUCCAUUUGAUGCAAUUUAUGUUCAAUUCUAUAAUAAUCCUUGUGGAUUACAGGCUUAUGAUAAACCAUCUCAGUGGAAUUUUGGUACCUGGGAUUACUGGGCUACACAUGUUUCACCUAACCCCGAUGUCAAGAUCUAUAUUGGCGCACCAGCCAGUCAAAGCGCAGCUGGUGGGGGUUAUGUUCCACUACAGACUUUGGAACAGAUUGUACUAGAGACCCGCCAAUCAUUCCCUAGUUUUGGAGGCGUCAUGUUCUGGGAUGCAUCUCAGGCCUAUGAAAAUAAUCAUAUUGAUAGUGGAAUUAAGGAUUCUAUGAAAGGUGGGGCUAAUUGUGGGGCACCAUUUGUAUAUCCAGACUGUUCGGCGCCUCAAUGGAUUCCCGGUACAGGAUAUACGGGUGGAAACCGAGUAUCGUACGAUGGGUACGUAUAUACUGCCAAGUGGUAUUCGGGUAGCAAGCCAGAUGGAAAUCCAAUGGGAGACUGGUCUCCAGCUUCUUUAUCUGCACCUGGACAGUGUAGUGGUAUUGAUAACUGGGCACCAUUUAUUGCCUAUGUAUCAAAGAAUGCAGUGGUAUAUAAUUCACAGUUAUGGCAAGCCAAAUGGUGGUCGACCAAUGAUGUUCCUGGAGGAGCAGCAGGUGUUUGGGAUAGCCUUGGAGCAUGU